CGUGAUAUUAAAAAAAAAAACAUAUUGCGCACAAUAUAAUAUUCAGGAAAGAGAGAGAAGUUUUUUAUUCAUUCAUGUACCGUCGCCACUGUCAGCAGCCAUGGACGCUGCUCCCUCCUCCGCCGCCGCCGCCGCUGCCGUCGCCAUCGCCGCCUCGCUCCAACUCAAACGGCCUCACCGCAAGACUCUGUUUCUCCCCCGGCACACCCUCUCGGCCACUUCGUUCAGCUUCAAUCUCGCUCCCUCCCCUCGCCGCCGCCAUCUCCUCCCUUCUUCCUCCGCCUCUGCGACUUCAGCUUCCUGCUCCUCCUCGCCUCCCCUCCCUUCUCUCUCUUCCGAUUCCGUUUCACGGGAGCUCCGCCACUGGCUGGUCUCCACCGACGUUCCUCCGCCAGGGCUGGACUCGAAGCCCGAGGUCAUCAACUUCUACGUCGGCAUGCUCCAGAGAGUUCUCGGCAGCGAGAGAGAUGCUCAGAUGUGCAUGUACGACGCUUCCUGUGAAACCCCCUUCGGAUUUCGUUGCCAGGUCGAUGAAGAUGCGGCUCGCCGGCUCGCCCGCGUACCUGGAGUUUUAGCGGUUAGGCCUGACCCGGAUCAUGUAUCAGCAAUAAAGGAUUACUCAGACAGGCAACCUGGUUACUUAUCCGACCCAAACAUUGGAAGCCCAUGGCUGUUUCCGUUGGGGACUACUAAACAAUGGCUUGUUCGGGUGGAUAAAUCAGGAGUCGGAGUGGUUACUAAGGCGCAGAUGGUCGAUUAUUAUGCUCAAAUACUAGCCAAGGUUCUUGGGAACGAGAAGGAUGCGCAGAUGUGUAUUUAUCACGUUUCCUGGCUAUCCAACUAUGGUUUCUGUUGUGAAAUAGAUGAAGAAUGUGCAAGAGAGCUAGCUGAUAUCCCUGGCGUUUUAUCUGUUCAACGAGAUGAGAAUUAUAAAUCUGAGAUAAAGGAUUAUGGAGAUAGCAAUUUGCAGAAUGCUACAGGUUCAGCAGCAUCCUCUGGAGCAGAUCAUACAUCCCCCAUAAGAACAAAGAAACUUUUUGUAACUGGCCUUUCAUUUUACACAUCCGAGAAAACAUUACGUGCUGCAUUUGAAGGCUUUGGGGAGCUUGUUGAAGUGAAAAUCAUAAUGGACAAGAUAUCGAAAAGGUCAAAAGGAUUUGCCUUUGUUGAGUAUACUACGGAGGAAGCUGCAAGUGCAGCACUGAAAGAAAUGAAUGGCAAGAUCAUCAAUGGUUGGAUGAUAGUCGUUGACGUUGCAAAGAGUAACCCACCACGCCACAGCAGAGGCCGCCCCAGAUAAGCUACGAGAGAGAGAGAGAGAGAGAGAGAGAGAGAGAGAGAGAGAGAGGAGGGCUUUCAUUUAUUUAUUGUUUAAACUCUUAUGGUCUAUGAUAAUAGUUUUGCUCCAUCCAGUCUGUUCUCCAUUUAUUCACAUUCUUGUUGCCUCGUACCUCCAAAAGUGCAAGUUAAGAUCUUGAGUCCGCAGUUGGGUCGCGCUCUCAUCUUGUGCUAGACAUUUUGAGUCAUGACAUUCUCGGCCGGGAGUUUGUGUAUAUUUCACUUACAAAUUGUCCUUAUUUCUCAUCAGAUUUCAUUCA